AUGAAUGAAGUGAGUCACUGCCGAUGUGUCAUAGGCCCGACGUCUUUAUAAAGGAAGUUUUAAACAAGCCUAAACACUUCACUGCGCGCAAAAAUUGGACUUACCACACUCGCAUCCCUCUCUCUGUGCAUUUCUGUUGCCUCUCUCUGCCUCUCUCUCCAAACUAAGUGUCUCUCUGCCUUCAGCACUCCAUAAAGACUUACAAGUGGGGCUCAUCUCAAACUUUACCAGAGACAGAAAGUUUGACGAUAUUGACUUUUUCUUUUUUCUUUUUUUUUUAAAACUUCUUCUUAUUCUUUACUUUCUCCCUGAGUGCUUCAGUCAUCACUCUCUGCUCUCCCUCUUCAUUCAUUCUCCCUCUCUCUCUCGUCCUGACAACUUUCCUCCUCACUCUGACUUGAAGAGUGCGAAGAAGAAGAAGAAAACCGGAGCACGUGACAAUUUCCGGAGUUCAAUUUAUUUAUUAAUUUUUCUAUUUAUUUAUUUAUCUGCGUCUGUUUUGCUGGUAUCUCUUGGAUCCGGUUCAAUAUGAAAUUGCUGCUCGACUCCUCCUCAUCGCUCCUCUUCUCCCUGUUGUUGGCUCAGCUGCCAAUCUUCACGUCUGCCUCCCCAGUACCACAGCGGCGGCCCACUGACAUGGAUAAACUGUCCAAUCAGACCAAAAAUCUAAUGAAGCUGACCCAAGAACUGCUGAGGGAGCAUGCAUUUGAUUCAGAUGUGGAGCCCCACAGGUUCAGGUCUCUGCCAGAAAUGAGCAACAGAUCAGCCAGUGAUCUCAACAAUCUUGAGCUGAAGCCCACACUCUCUCAGCUGCAUGCUGACCUGAAGCUGUAUGAGCACCACUUUGAGUGGCUGAACAAGGUUUCAAAGAAGCACCACCACCCUUCAUUGCCCAAGCUGGUGGAGAUGAUCAGAGAAAUGAAAUCUCUCAUCAACCUGCUGCACCGUCAGAUGCUGAGAGUUGAAGCACCGAGGCUGACUCCGGCAACCCCGUCCCUACCCCCUCACCUCCCGUAUCAGUUUGAUGUCCUACAGUCCAGCCAUGAGCUUCUUCAACACUUCAAGCUCUUCUGUGAUUGGGCGUACAGAGCAUUCAUCAGCCUGAAGCCCAAAGUCACUGUAGUACAAUGAUAAUCCAAGCACACUUGUUCUUUUCCUUUCAACUACUUGGCUGCAGAGCCAGUGAGGAUCCACUGAGUCCCGCCUCAGCCAGAGGGGAAUAAGGACCAUGUCAGUGUGCACUGUAGUUAAUAGCAUCCCUUAAGAGGCCUAAACGUCAACCAAUGACAUAUGUGUUGAAGAAUGUGUAUUUCCACCAGAGCCAAUAAGGAUGCGUUAUACUGCAGCCAGUUACAACCAUCAAGAUUUCUGUUAAAGCAAACUGCCAGUUUAACUACAAUGAUCAUGUCAUGAUUCCCCCAAACUCUUCCCUAAAGGCCUUGUUCAUGACGUGUUAUUUAUGUAUUUAUUUAUUUAUUGACUGUUAGUAAUUUAUUUAAUUUUAUUUAUUUAAAGUUGUAAUGUGUCACUCUCAUCUUAAUUUCUUGUCUUAACGUGAAUUUAUUUUCCCAACAUCUCUGUUAAUCUUUCUUUUUGUCUUGUGUCUCACUGAUCCUCAAGAAAAGAAAAAAAAAAACACAGUAGCACUUCCUGAACCUAUAGCUCUGAUUAUGAUUUUUGUUAAAACUAAUUUAAUCUACUUUUGCAUUUGUGUUUUUUCUUCCAGUAGAUGUAGCAUACAUUUGGGACAGCCAAUUUUUUCACUAUCUCUCACUUACAGUGCCCUUAAAGUAAAUAUUUUAAAUGAUGUUAAUGUUCUAACCAUGUUAAAUGUGCCACAUCUUAACAUAUCAAUUGAUGGCCUAUGAAAUUAACCGCAUUCAUUUGAAAAUGUCAAGAUUGUAGCGGAAGAGAAGUGGAUACUUUCUUUUGUACCGCAGUCAAUAGACAGACAGACAUUAGUUUCUAUUUUCGAUGCCUGUUUCACUCGCAAUCCGCGUGAGGAGGCAUAUUUAACAUUGUGGUAAAGUUGCAUGAAUGUGCCCUGUUGCUGAGCACUGAUGGACCUGAUUAGAUUCUUUGCACAAACUUGUUAGGAUUAGCCUCUUUGAUAAGUGAGAUGGCUGAUUUUGAACCUGUGCUUUGGGGUAGAAAAGUUUGUUUUUUUAAUUAAACACCCAAAGCCUUAAAAUACUAUGUAUUGUGACACUAUGUUCUGUACAGGUGUACAUAAAUAUACAAGAAUGUAAAUUGUUGUACACAGUGCUUUUGUGUAUUAUGUUAUUAUGUUGUUUUCUACAAUAUAGUGUAGAUAACUUUACCAAUUUUAUCACUAUAAUUUUUGUUCAUUCCUAUUCUAGUAUUUGUUGCAGUAUUGUCUAUUUAUUUAAGUAACUUGGUGGAACUAUUUAUUUUAUGCUGCAGUGGAGCAAGCCUCCUAUCUUUUUGUACUUUUAUACAGUUUUUAUUCUUAUCUAUUAUUAUACCAUCCUGUUUAAAUUAUUGUUGUAACAUCAAGAUGCUUCUUCCACACACUGAUUGGCCUCAAUGUGAAAUAUGUGCCUUGGUGAAAUAAAUAAAGAAUGUGCACAAUG